AUGCUCACGCUCUUCGCGAGGAAGAAGGGCAAGAAGUGCAAGGACAUCCCAACAUACGCGGAGCAGCUAAGGGCGCACGAGCUCAAACACGGACCUAUCUUUCCUGUUGCUCCGAUCGCCAAUGGGAUCGCAGCGCACAACACCCCAAGUGUCCAAAAGGCGGGCCAGCCCGAGCCUGCGUCCAACGUCGUUCCGAGCGCUCACGGGGACGCCGCGUACGACUCUGGUGGGGACGAUAACGACGUGUACGUCCUACAAGCGGGACGGCACGUCAACGACCGGACUAAGCCGUCCGUGGAGCUACGGCAAGACCAAAAGGACCAGCAGAAUUUGAACGCGCGACGCGCCGCUGAGAUAGCCUGGAGUGGCCAGUUCUUUGACCACUUGAAGCACCUUGUGCUCGAGCCAUGCAACCCACGCCUGCAAUACGUGCAACAUGUUCUCGGCUUGCGCCAUCUUUUGCCAUGA